AUGAUUAAUAUUGCUUGUGUCCAGGAGACGAAAUGGGUAGGACCUAAAGCUGAGGAGGUGGACGGGUAUAAGCUUUGGUUCUCGGGUAAGUCGGGAGACAGGAAUGGGGUAGGCAUCUUAGUCGAUAGUGAGCUAACGGAUCAGGUGGUUGAGGUUAGAAGGGUUAAUGACAGGAUGAUGACGAUUAAGUUGGUCGUGGGAAGGUUCACCCUGAACAUUAUUAGUGCUUACGCACCACAAGUGGGCUUGGACGAGGAGGUUAAGAGGAAUUUUUGGAAGGAUCUGGAUGAAGUGGUGAGAGGUAUACCGCUUACUGAGAAGUUAUUCGUAGGAGGUGAUUUCAAUGGACACAUUGGGUCUUAUUCGAGGGGUUAUGAUGAUGUGCAUGGGGGUUUUGGCUUCGGAGACAGGAACGGAGGAGGAGUCUCACUCCUGGAUUUCGCUAGGGCUUUUGGCUUGGUGGUAGCUAACUCGAGUUUCCCUAAGAAGGAAAAGCACUUGGUAACCUUUCGUAGCUCGGUGGCUGCGACGCAGAUUGACUUUUUGCUCCUUAGAAAGGAUGAUAAAGGCCUUUGUAAAAACUGCAAGGUCAUUCCGAGGGAGAAGUUGAUGUCUUUGGGGGCGUGGGAGAGCAGGGGAGAUGCGAGCAGUAUAUGGGAUAGGACGUCCAGUUGCAUUAGAGAAGCAGCUAGAGAGGUUCUAGGAGUCUCAAGAGGUCGCCGUGGUGGGCACCGAGGGGAUUGGUGGUGGAAUGGGGAAGUCCAAGGUAAAGUUGAAGCAAAGAAGCAGGCAUAUGCGAAGCUAGUAGACAACAAGGAUGACGAAGAGAAGCGGACGAAUAAGGAAAACUAUAAGAUGGCGAGAAAGGAGGCGAAGUUGGUAGUGUCGGCAGCGAAAACGGUGGCGUUUGAACUCCUUUAUGCAGAACUAGAGGACAGAGGCGGGGAUAAUAAGUUAUUCAGGCUUGCCAAGGCCAGAGAGAGGAAGGAAAGGCAGGCUUGGAGUGGCUGA